AUGGUGCUGGAGAAGGACCUAAGAAUUCUUAAUCUUGAUCUGCAGGCAACAGUGUCUGCAACUCAGCGCUGCCCGUCCUCGUGCCCGCUCCAGUGCCCCACUACGCCGCCGACCUGCGCCCCCGGGGUGCGCUCCGUGCUGGACGGCUGCUCCUGCUGUCUGGUGUGCGCUCGCCAGCGCGGAGAGAGCUGCUCCGAGCUCAAGCCCUGCGACCAGAGCAGCGGCCUCUACUGUGACCGCAGCGCAGACCCCAGCAACCAGACUGGCAUAUGCAUGGUUCUAGAGGGAGACAACUGUGUGUUCGACGGAGUCAUUUACCGCAGCGGAGAGAAGUUUGAACCAAACUGUCAGUACCGCUGCGCCUGCAGAGAUGGGCAGAUUGGCUGCGUGCCCCGCUGCCAGCUGGACGUGCUGCUGCCUGGUCCCGACUGCCCAGCUCCCAGGAAAGUUGCAGUGCCUGGGGAGUGCUGCGAGAAGUGGACCUGUGGCCCAAAUGAGCAGGGGACCCUGGGAGGCCUGGCCCUUCCAGUUCGGCCAUGUGAACAAGAGCCCACACCACCAACAGACAAGAAAGGUAAAAAGUGUCUUCGCACCAAGAAGUCCCUGAAGGCCAUCCACCUGCAGUUCAAGAAUUGCACUAGCCUGCAUACCUAUAAGCCCAGGUUCUUUGGAGUCUGCAGCGAUGGCCGGUGUUGUACCCCUCACAACACCAAAACCAUCCAGGUGGAGUUUCAGUGCUCCCCGGGGCAAACCAUCAAGAAACCAGUCAUGGUCAUUGGAACCUGCACCUGUCACUCCAACUGCCCUCAGAACAAUGAGGCCUUCCUCCAGGAGCUGGAGCCGAAGAGCAGCAGAGGAGAAAUGUAA